AUGCGGCUACUUAGAGACCCCGAAAAGGUUCAUCCUUUCCGCAAUCGGUCGGCCACUGGUCCUGCUGUACCCCAGCUGAUCUUUUUUUUUCGCGACCUCGCAGAAGGCAACGGCUUAUCGCUAGAGCGACCACUGACAGGGUCCGCCACCGGCGGUAAAGACAGCAGCAAAGGAAAUGACAAUCAUGCCGGCGAGAGUCUUAUUAAUUUACGAAUGCUGUACAGUAGUGACAUCAAAGUCUCCUGCUGGUGGCAAGAGCAGUCUUCGUGGCACAGUGGCAUGCCACGAGCUUCUCAGCGCAACUAGCAUCAGAAAGGAAACCAUCAGUAGUAACUCUGCCGUUUCGUGGAAUCUCAUGUAAAAAAGAGGAUAUGCACACAAAAAAUUAAAGUAAAAAAUAUCAAUACAAAA